GCUUCCGUUUUCCUGUGUUUCAGUGGUAAAGCAAAAUGGCGGCGUUUGGACGGCUCUCUCGGACUCUGCUGCGCUCCGUUUCUGCGGCUCAGACACGGCAGCUUUCAGCCGCAGCGGCCCACGGGGAGCAAGGAGUGAAGACUUGGAAGCUGCUGACCUUCUUGGUGGCUCUGCCGGGAGUUGGAGUAUGCAUGCUGAAUGCCUUCCUGAAGGCUCAGAACCACAGCCACGAUCAGCCAGAGUUCAUCCCCUACACACACCUCCGCAUCCGCAGCAAGCGUUUUCCAUGGGGUGAUGGGAACAAGUCCCUCUUCCACAACUCCCAUGUCAACCCUCUUCCUGAUGGAUACGAGGGCCACGAAUAAAGGACGCAGGGCUUCCCCAUCAAUCGGGACCAGAGGGCUUCCUCAUCCCCCCUUCUCUUAACUCCUGGACCAUGCUCCAUUAUUUCAGUUUACGUCCCAACAUGUUUAAAUUGUGUGUGUGACUUCUUGCUCAUGGGUGCAGUGACUCACCCUAGACCACUGUGUGAGCCUGAAUAAAAUAUACAAUCCUUAAAUUAUAAA